AUGAAGCUCGCUGCUGUUUUGCUCGUCGCUCUUGCUUCUAUUGCCACGGCUUCGGAUGGCGAGGCCUUGCCCAGGUCUUGCGAAGAGUGUAAGAUGUUCUUCGACGCAUGCAUGCGGAGUUGUUACUUUGGUAGAGACACCUGUCCAACCACUUGCGGUAUCGAUACCUGCCGCGUCAGCUCCAUCUGCAAGGAGCAUUGCGAUUACAAGAAGUGCUAA